CGGGACACCACUGCUGCCGGAUAACAUGUUGGAAAUGUGAGUCUUUGGCGCCAGGUAAUCAGAGACCCUGCGCUUGGUGUUGUCACCGGACCGUCCUCAAUCCGGAUUUCUGGCAUGCAAGACCCUUGGGCGAAUAGGGAUGACGGUAAAUCUUUAGAUAUCUCGUCGUCUGAGCUUAUGGGGUCUACUUCAAUUUCUACUCUAGCCUGGGCCGCCGGUGCGGUAUCGCUUGGUGUCUACUUUACUCGCUGGCUGCGCACCACCAGGUCGAACCUCCCCCUUCCCCCGGGUCCGCGACCACUUCCUCUCGUAGGCAACCUCUUUGACUUGGAUGCUCAUCGUCAGUGGGCGAGACUGCAGGCACUGAGCCAGGAACUCGGCUCGGAUGUCAUACACCUUGAUAUGGCAGGGACUCCGCUGAUUGUCCUGUCAUCUGUUGAGGCCGUCGAAGACUUGCUCGAGAAGCGAUCGCAUAAUUAUUCCGAUCGACCCAAGCUAACAAUGCUGUCCGAGCUCAUGGCAUUCACCUUCAAUCUCGGUGCUAUGCCGAGACCAAUGGCGCGUGCGGUAUCUCCUCAUCCACUUAAAGCUUACCACCAUUCCCCUAGGCGGGCCCAGCGACGGCUUAUCACUGAGGGCUUCAAUUCUAGAGUAUCUCCAAGGCUCGAGGGUGCGGAAAUCAAGGCUGCUCAUGGACUCUUGCGCCGACUGUUGGUCGACCCGAACAAUUUUAUGCUGCACGUCAAGCAUAUAGCGGCCGCAGUCAUCAUCUCCGUCGCCUAUGGCAUCGACGUGCUUCCCGAGGAUGAUCCAUACAUUGAACUGGGAGUCCAGGCUCUGUCAGUGGGCGGAGAGGCUAUGACUCAGGGGGCCUUUUGGGUGGACUACAUCUCGUUGCUGAAAUACGUUCCAGAGUGGUUUCCAGGGGCUGGUUUCCAGCGGAAGGCUAGGGAAUGGAAAGCGAUCGGACGCAGAGCGUUGGACAUUCCGAUUGCAGAAGUACGGCGUCGAAUGAACGCCGGGACUGCGUCAUCAUCCUUCUCUGUCGACAGUCUUGAUGAGCUCCAACUCACCGCCCAAGAGGACAGAUACUUCGAUGAGGAGACCGUCAAGGGCGCCGCCGCGACGCUCUUUAUUGCGGGCUCAGACACCAUCGCCGGCGCAGUGAACACUUUCAUCCUUGCGAUGCUUGCCAACCCCGAAGCACAGAAGAUCGCGCAGGCAGAGAUCGAUGCCCUGCUGGCUGGAGAGGAGCGUCUGCCCACGUUCGCAGACCAGGCCCGGCUCCCGUAUACCACAGCGCUAAUGAAAGAGGUGUUCCGGUGGAAGAACGUGUUCCCGGUGAACCUCCCUCACCUUUCGACCGUGGAAGACGAGUAUAGGGGGUGGAGGAUCCCCGCUGGCUCGAUUGUGAUGGCGAAUACUUGGGCGAUCGUACAUGACGAGAAACUGUUCCCCCGUCCAUUUGACUUCAAUCCCGAGCGCUUCCUGGAUCUGGAGCCGAGUGACAAGACCGCGCCCCUCUACCUUGCCGGAUUCGGGUUCGGCCGGAGAAUCUGCCCUGGGAGAUUCAUGGCCAUGUCAUCCGUUUGGAUCACCAUCGCCUCAAUCCUUUCUGCAUUCGACAUAACUAAGGCGCUGGAUGAGGACGGCCAAGAGAUAGAGCCUACGUUCGAAGAUAUCCCCCAUUUCAUGAGGUUAGUAUGGCCCCGUUCCCUUCACGUGUUCAAUUCGGCCUCGAUCCAUGGCCGUGGCAGAUCUCAUUCGAGCGACCGAAAGCUUGGCGUAGAGAGAAAGAAGAUCGGACCGUAGUCCAUAGUCCAUAUUACAUACAUGUUGUUCCUGCAUCGUCCGCCCCAGCAGCCACAGGCACAAGGCAAAAUCUUUCCGACCUCCGAAAAAUCACUCCGAUGACCAGUGGUCUCCUGAUUAUUAUUCCAUGGGGAAAACACGAUUGUCGUCCGAUUGCCG